ACACACACACACACACACACACACACACACACACACACACACAGGGCAGACUUUGGACUUUGGAGACAUAUUAAUUUAGGGUACGGCAAGUUUUCAAAGUUUACUUGCAUUAGGGGCAACAUUAUUUUCAGUCACAUUCUACUCACACACUCAUACACACACACGCACAUGCAUGCACAGAUGUGUGUUUUCUAAGCCUUGUUUGGUCUUGAGAAGUGUGUAAGAGGUGACUGGAGAUACUGAUUUGUAGGAUCAUCUCUUCAGGAAGGAAUCAUCACAGACUCUAACAAGAGCCAUGUGGGUUAUCCUGGCCUUGCUGCUAGCCCUCUCCAGUGGAGCUCUGUCUCUGGACAAACUCAACAUGUGUAUGAACGCCAAACACCACAAAGUAGAGCCUGGCCCUGAGGGACAACUUUACCUCCAGUGUGCUCCAUGGCGUGACAAUGCAUGUUGUACAGCCAACACCACCACAGAAGCCCACAACGAUAACUCCUAUCUGUACAACUUCAAUUGGAAUCACUGUGGUGCCAUGAGUGCCGAGUGCAAGAAACAUUUCAUCCAGGACACUUGCUUCUAUGAGUGCUCACCACACUUGGGACCCUGGAUACAAAAAGUGGAUCAGACCUGGCGUAAGGAGCGUAUCUUGGAUGUGCCUCUGUGUAAGGAGGAUUGCCACAAUUGGUGGGAAGACUGCAAGAAUGAUUACACCUGCAAGACUGAUUGGCACAAGGGAUGGGAUUGGAGCUCAGGUAUUAACAAAUGCCCUGCAGACAGCAAGUGCAGUAAGUGGACCGAAGUUUACCCCACACCCCAGUCCAUGUGUGAACAAAUCUGGUCCAACUCCUACCUUUAUACCACCCACCCCAAAACCUCAGGCCGGUGCAUGCAGCUCUGGUUCAACGGGACAAACCCAAACAAGAAGGUAGCUGAGUACUACCUUAACAACACACAGCAACACAGAAGCUUUGCCUUGACAACGCUACUUUUCCUGGCUUUCACAUGUUUCUCUGUAAUGAUGUACUAAGAUGAUAUCCUUGGACCUAUCCUGUGUCACCUUGGAGGUACUGAUAAACCAAUAAUUUCACAUGCUCCCCUGUCUGUGUUGCUUUCUUGUCCUCUUUUGAGUCAUCAAGCCUCCUAAUUGAUAGUAAGACCCCUCUGGUUUACCUCCAUGUAUUCCAGUACAGUUGUGCAUGUGAUUUGUUGAGUAAUUGUGACAUUCAAUUUAGUGCAGUGUCUUAAAGACCUCAACAUUGAAGUUUUCCUUUACAUCUUUUGGAUGCAACCUCAAAAAUAUCUGCCCCUGACAACACAAUUUUUCUCUAAUGUCCUGUUGCCUUUGCAUACAGUUCUACAUACAGAUAGUAUUGCUGAUUUAUGAUUUCCAAAGCACCUGCUUGAGUAUAUACUUGAUAAUUGCUGCUCCUCCUAAGAGUAAUACACUAACUUACUAAAGAAGAAGAUAGUACUGUAUACUGUAUACCUCCUCCAGGGCUGUAUAAUUCUCUAAAUUUGAUACUUUAAUAAAAGAAAUGUUUAAAAUGGA